GCCUGGGAGGGUGAGGCUCCUGGCCUUUGGAUCUUGUCAGUCUUUUUUUCUGCAGUUCUGGCCUCGCGCUCCGCGUUCAGACUGACCAUGGCUGGUUCCCCGCGAGCCGUGCUGCUCCUGCUGGCCGCGGCCCUGGCCGUGAGCUCCGUGACCAGCGCUAAGGCGCAGCGCUUGAUUGGCGGCUUCAUGGACGCCGACGUCAACGAGGAGGGCGUGCGGCACGCGCUGGACUUUGCCAUGAGCGAAUACAACAAGGCGAGCAACGACAUGUACCACAGCCGUGCGCUGCGCGUGGUGGGCGCCCGCAAGCAGGUUGUGGCUGGGAUGAACUACGACUUGACAGUGGAGAUUGGCCGGACCACGUGUACCAAGUCCCAGCCCAAGUUGGACGACUGUCCCUUCCAUGAGCAGCCACAUCUGAAGAGGAAAAUGCUCUGCUCUUUCCAGAUCUACAGUGUUCCCUGGCUGGGCACAAUGACCAUGACAAAGUCCAGUUGUCAGAAUGCCUAGGGGUCUGGCUGCCAGGCCUGGCUGCACUGAUCGCUUCUUCCCCACAUCCUGUAUCUCCUGCUGGUGUCCUGCCCUGGGAUGGAGCCCUGCCCUGCCCCACCCCUCACCCUCACAGGUCUCCCUGUGCAUCAACUCUGGGAGGCAGGUAGAGGAGGCUUCCCUAGGCUUGUGCUGAGCAGUCAUGUGGCUUUACAUGUGACUCAAAUUUGCCAGACCUUGGUGCACACACUCACCCUCACCUGCUUCAAUAAAAAGUAGCAAUGGC